AUGGAACGAGACCAACCACUUUUGCCAGUGGCAUGGUGUCACAUGCGGUCGGCGCCACCAGAGGGUCACGAGUUUGAACCUGAAUUCCUCGAAACUUGCAGGCUCAAUCUCACCGCAUGUUGGGAAUUUGAGUUUCUUGAGAAAAUCAGCCGUCUGCGCAGAUUGAAAGAUUUAGUCUUGGCGAAUAAUUCACUUGGUGGAGAAAUUCCACCAACUUAUCAGCUUGCUCCCAACUCCUUAGGAUUCUUGUGGCUUCAACUUGUUAGUAGGAAGCAUUCCAGAGGAGCUUGGCACUUUGUCAAAGCUAAGAGUGCUUCAUUUACAAGAACAGCCUUACAGGAAGGGAGUAUUCCAGAUAUUUUUGGUCAACUGACCAAUUUUAAGUAUUUGUUGCGGAUGGAAAUAGGCUGUCUGCUUGCAAUUGCAAACAACAAAAUCCAAGGGACUUUGCCUUUAAACUUAGGUAGUGCCUUGCCAAAUCUCAUUUAUUUUGGUAUUGAUAACAACAAGUUUAGGGACCUAUUCCUGCUUCAGUAUCUAAUGCCUCAAACUAUAUCAUCUGGGACUGUUAGCAAAUCAACUACAUGGAGAAGUCCCUUCUCUGAAAAAAUUGCACCUGCUUGA